UCCAUCAACCAAACGUGCAAAUUAUUAAUUGUAGUUUCCACAUUGUUUCUGUUUGUUUUGAGCAAAAUGGCUUCUACCCCAUCUUUCAAACGCUCAGACACAAUUGCAGAUAGCAUGCCCGAUGCCUUAAAGCAGAGUCGCUAUCAUAUGAAGAAAUGUUUUGCCAGGUUGGUAGCAAGUGGAAAGAGGUUGUUGAAGCGUCAGCAUUUGAUGGAAGAAGUAGAGAAAACAAUUGAAGACAAGGUGGAAAGAAGCGAAGUGUUGGAGGGAUUAAUUGGUUUUAUCUUAAUAUCCACUGAGGAGGCUGCCGUGGUUUCACCCUAUGUUGGAUUUGCUGUAAGACCUAAUCCUGGGUUUUGGGAGUUUGUUAAGGUGGACGCUGAAUCUCUCGAGGUUGAAGCCAUCACUGUCUCUGAAUACCUCAACUUCAAAGAAACAAUCUUUGACGAGACCUGGGCAAGAGAUGAGAAUGCUUUGGAGAUAGAUUUUGGAGCGGUAGAAUACCAGAUUCCGCACUUGACUCUUUCUUCCAGCAUUGGGAAUGGAAUGAAGUACACCUCCAAGUUUUUAUGUGGGAAAUCUGAAACCAUGCAGUCUUUGCUGGACUACUUGUUAGGGCUUAAGCAAAACGGCCAGGAACUUAUGAUUAAUUCGACUUUGAAUACGGUUGGGAAGCUCAAGACAGCACUACUUAGAGCUUCCGACGUCGUUUCUGCCCUGUCAAAAGACACCCCAUUUCAGAAUUUCGAGCCGAAAUUGAAAGAAUUGGGUUUUGAGAAGGGAUGGGGGGACACUGCCGAGAGAGCAAAGGAGACGAUGAACCUUCUGGCGGAGGUCAUCCAAGCGCCGGAGUCCGGAAAAAUGGAGAUGCUUUUCAGUCGGAUUCCCAAGGUCUUUAACAUCGUGAUCUUCUCCCCUCAUGGGUUUUUCGGGCAGUCUGAUGUCCUCGGACUGCCGGAUACUGGCGGCCAGGUGGUUUACAUUUUGGAUCAAGUAAGAGCUCUGGAGGAGGAAUUACUGCUCAGAAUUAAACAGCAGGGUCUUGGAGUCAAGCCUCAGAUCGUCGUGGUGACGCGACUUAUACCGGAGUCCAGAGGGACCAAGUGCAACCAGGAGGUGGAAGCCAUCAUCGGAACCAAGCAUUCCCACAUUCUUAGGGUUCCUUUCGUCACUCCGAAUGGGUAUAUCCUUCGCCAAUGGGUUUCCCGAUUCGAUGUUUACCCAUACCUUGAGAAAUUCGCCGAGAAUGCCGCUGCUAAGAUUCUUCAACACAUGGAAUGCAAACCGGACCUUGUGAUCGGAAACUACACCGACGGAAACUUGGUUGCGUCCGUCGUCGCCGGAAAACUUGGUGUUACUCAGGCGACAAUUGCACAUGCUCUGGAAAAGACCAAGUACCAAGAUUCCGAUGCCAAAUGGAAGGAAUUCGACAACAAAUACCAUUUUUCGUGUCAAUUCACAGCUGACUUAAUCGCCAUGAACGCCGCCGAUUUCAUCAUCACCAGCACCUAUCAAGAAAUUGCUGGAAGCAAGGAGAAGCCAGGGCAGUAUGAAAGUCAUAUGGCGUUUACCAUGCCGGGACUCUGCCGGAUUGCGUCGGGUGUCAAUAUCUUUGAUCCCAAGUUCAACAUUGUGGCCCCUGGAGCUGAUCAAUCUGUCUACUUCCCCUAUUCGGAGACACUGAGGCGCUACACCACUUUCCAUCCUGCCAUUGAAGAAUUACUCUACAAUAACGUAGACAACAACGAACACUAUGGGUCUCUUGCUAAGAGGAAGAAACCCAUUAUCUUCUCCAUGGCGAGGCUGGACACAGUGAAAAACAUUACGGGGCUAGUGGAGUGGUAUGGGAAGAACAAGAAGCUAAGAGAUUUGGUAAAUCUUGUUGUUGUAGCUGGAUUUUUUGAUCCAUCCAAGUCGAAUGAUAGAGAAGAAACGGCGGAGAUUAAGAAGAUGCAUGGUUUGAUUGAGAAAUACCAGCUGAAGGGGCAGAUUAGAUGGAUUGCAGCUCAAAGUGACAGGUAUCGCAAUGCAGAGCUGUAUAGGUGCAUUGCGGAUACAAAGGGAGCUUUUGUGCAGCCUGCAUUGUAUGAGGCAUUUGGUCUAACUGUGAUUGAGGCUAUGAACUGUGGAUUGCCCACCUUUGCCACCAAUAAAGGAGGCCCAGCAGAGAUCAUUGUGGAUGGGGUCUCGGGGUUCCAUAUUGAUCCUAACAAUGGAGAGGAAUCUGCCAACAGGAUUGCUGAUUUCUUUGACAAGUGUAACAGGGAUCCUCAAUAUUGGAGCACUGUCUCAGCUGCAGGACUCCAACGUAUCAAUGAAUGCUAUACAUGGAAGAUCUAUGCAAACAGAUUGGUGACCAUGGGGUCGAUCUAUGACUUUUGGAGGCAGAUGAACAAGGAUCAGAAACUAGCUAAGCAGCGGUACAUUCAAUUGCUGUACAGCCUCCAAUUUAAGAAGUUGGCGCGUACUGUGCCUAUCCCAGUUGAGCAACAACCCGGUGAAUCAACUCCAAAACCACCACCGGCAGCACCUGUAGCUCAGCCACAAUCAACUGUAUCACCUCCACCUUCCGUAUCCAAGCCACCACCUCCUGUAGCCCAGCCAUCACCUGCCCCACCUAAAGCUCUGCCUCCACCCCAUCAACCAUCACUACAUCCAUCACCUCCAACAAAGCCCCUAAAGAUCGAAGGCAGUGAGCAGCAGCAACAGAAUGGCUCCUCCUCGCAAAUUAGCGAUGGUGCGAGCUGUACUUUUAUGUGCUGGUGCCUUAUAUUUACUUUCCUUUUGAUCGCUUAUUUCAUCUUGAAGAAGUUGUUUUGGGGGUAAUGCUGAAUUGAUGCAUGAAAACGAACCUGCGAAAUUUCAUUCAUCAAUCAGUUAUUGAUCUGCUGUAUAUAUGAUGUUGUUUAAUGUUGUAUUACAACAUAUGAACCACUACUAUUAUUUUUACCUACAAAAAAGAAUAAAAGAAAUCAGAACUA